UCGAUACUCAACAUAACCAACCAUGUCUGGCUAAAUAUUACUUUUUACUUUAUAACUUAAUAAUUUAAAAAACAUGUCAUGAAUAUACAAAAGGUAUUAGGAAAACAACAUCAAAAUGUUUGGAUUUUAUUAUGUGGAGCUCAUCAAGAAAACUGAUACUCGAUUGCUUCCAUUUGGUACUCCAGUGUGUCCGACGUAACGUCGACGUUGACGAAUUAGACUUGGAUGAAAUAUCAGAAUAUGAAGAAAAUGAUGUUCCUGUGCAUUUCCAGCCACAAACGUUUGCAACACCGGUACCGCUUCGACGGGACGACUUCCAGCACAGACCGGAUACACCGUGCACAAGGCGGAGAUCACCACCGGAAAUUCUGUUGAAAAUGCGCCAGGCUCUGGAAGAGAUGGGCGAAGGAACAGCUACAAAGUCUGACCAAGAAUGCGGCGAUCAACCUUUUCCAUUUUCAUUAAUGUCGCCAUCCAGAAUUGCACAUCAAUCAAACAGAUGACAAUGACCUAAUAAACAAUUUCCACUUACGUACUUUCCAUUACUUACAAAUUACCUAAUUACAAAUUAUCUAAGCGACUUCUGUUUCCUUCUUUUCUACCUCAACUUCACUGUUUUGCACAAUCACUUUUCCACUACACUCGAACUCCAAAGAUACGAGCUAGAAAGAUACGAGCGCUCCACAGAUACAAGAAAAAAUAUUAUAAGCCUAGAGAUCCUCUAGGUAGAGUUCUGUCACAACUUCUCACUGUUUUUAUUGGUCACGAUUAAACCGAAACCAAAAGUGAUAGAAAGCGCGCGAUUUUUAAAUCAAAUUUUGCAAUAAAUUUUU